CGUCCAGCGCCGAGCCCGGCCGGGCCUGAGGGCGGGAAGAUGCCGCGCGUCGUGCCGGACCAGCGCAGCAAGUUCGAGAACGAGGAGUUCUUCAGGAAGCUGAGCCGCGAGUGCGAGAUUAAGUACACGGGCUUCAGGGACCGGCCCCACGAGGAGCGCCAGACGCGCUUCCAGAACGCCUGUCGCGACGGCCGCUCGGAAAUCGCUUUUGUGGCCACAGGAACCAAUCUGUCUCUCCAGUUUUUUCCGGCCAGCUGGCAGGGAGAACAGCGACAAACACCUAGCCGGGAAUAUGUCGACUUAGAAAGAGAAGUAGGCAAGGUAUAUUUGAAGGCUCCCAUGAUUCUGAAUGGAGUUUGUGUUAUCUGGAAAGGCUGGAUUGAUCUCCAGAGACUGGAUGGUAUGGGUUGCCUGGAGUUUGAUGAAGAGCGAGCCCAGCAGGAGGAUGCAUUAGCACAACAAGCCUUUGAUGAGGCUCGGAGAAGAACCCGCGAAUUUGAAGAUAGAGACAGGUCUCAUCGUGAGGAAAUGGAGGUGAGAGUUUCACAGCUGCUGGCAGUAACUGGCAAGAAGACAACAAGACCCUAGUCCUGGUUCCAAUUUAGGUGGUGGUGAUGACCUCAAACUUCGCUGAUUAGCACAGUAGAUGUGUGCACGCCAACCCCUCAUCUUUAUAUUGUUAAAUAUCCAUUGUUUCUAGUUGGCAGAAAUAAUUGAUCAAAAAGACCAGAAACUGUGAUAACUGGAAGUACUUUGACCUAAUUCUCAACCUUGGGAAAAUAUAAGACAUCACAUACUGCCAUGGUUUUGCACUAAAAUUAUACUUACCUGCAUUCUAAUUUUAUAUGCAUGUAGCCAGUAAUUGAAAUUCUUUUCUGUGCAAACUUAACUUGAUGGCAUUAUUUUAGUGAAGACUAAUCCACUUAAAAAGCUCUUUUUCCCUCAGUUUUUAUUUAAAAGUUAAAGUCUUCUAAAAAAA